UGUGUCACUUUGCAUGGUUGGAUAUUAGCUGUCAAAUAAGAAAACAAUGAACAAAUUAUUCAUUUUUAUUUUUUAUUCAUUCCCCUCCCAAAACCUUAUAAAAACGUACUUAACUCUCACUGGCAAACCCCAUUUCUUCCACUCUUCCUCACUUUCUUUAAGCCUUCACCAGUGUUUAGGUUUAAAAUUUGCAGAUUUUGAACUAAAAGGAUUUUGAUUGUUCCUUAAAGUUUUCACCUUGUUUAGAUGUAAACAAACUGACAUGUUUUUGGCAAUAAAGGUCCAGUCUUUUUAGUCCCACAAAGAAGAUUGCUGUUCUUUUUAAUGUUUUGUUGAAGAAAAGUAGGAAAAAAAAAAAGGAAAAAGAAAAAGAAAAGAGCUGGCUUUCGGACUUUGGGGUGUUGAUAGUUUGGUUGAAGAAAGUGAAAACACUGAAGCAGAAAGCUUUUUACUUUGGGGAAUUUUUCCCUUGUUGAAUUUGGGUAUUGAAAGUUUUCAAGUUAUAGUACAAGGCUUGAGAUUUUUGCUUUUAGCUCUUUGGCCAAUGCAAACUUUAUGCUCUUGCUUUAGAUUAUUUUCGUUGGUUGCAUGGUGCUAUUCCAGUGUGUGAUUCUUUUUUUCCCCUCACUCUUUUGAAGCAGUGAAAACGGGAUAGAGGUCAGAACGAUGAUGGAAAACAAAAGGAGCCCUUGCUCUGUUGAUCAUAGCAGUUUCACUCCUUUGGCGUCGAAGCGACAGAAGUCCGACUUAUCAAUCUCGACAAAGGAUAGGAAAGAUAAGGUCGGUGAACGCAUUGUCACUCUGCAGCAGCUAGUUUCGCCAUACGGAAAGACAGAUACAGCUUCUGUCCUCCUGCAGGCAAUGGAGUACAUACAGUUUCUUCAUGAACAAGUUAAGGUUUUGAGUGCUCCGUAUCUUCAAACCUCACCGACAAAUAAUAUGCAGGCGAGCAUUAAACCGGCCCAGGAGCAAGAGCAUUAUAGCCUUAGAAGCCAAGGUUUAUGUCUUGUUCCACUCUCGUAUACCAUGGGAGUUGUUCAUAGCAAUGGUGCUGAUAUUUGGGCUCCCAUCAAGACCGCUUCACCAAAAUUUGACAAGCCUUUCACACAAUUCAAUUGACAUAUUUUCCUUCAUCGGUGACCGGUAGGCUUUGAACGUUUCACUGGAACCGGUUUUAAAGGUAACCAACUUAAAUCUUGAAUGCACAAAAUUUUCCUAAUCAGAUGCAAAAUUUAUAGCACAAGGCACUGAGAUAGGAUGUUAGUAUCGAGAAACUAGUAGGAUUGUGUAUCCAGAAAUGCAGUCCUGUGCCUACUUAGUUUUAAGCCAGUGAUCUGCAUUUAAUCUUAUAUUGAAUUUAUAGAAAUUAAUUGAUCUCUCCUAAUCAUGUAUUGUAAAAUGUAAAUUGAUGAACAUGAGUUGAUUAACCACUUUUAACAUGUAUGGCGCUCGAAUAUAUACGGAAUAA